AUGCCCGCCGCAUCUUUGCCAGACCGUUUGGUCUGGGAUCGCUACACCCUCUACAAGACUGGCACCAAGAAGGUCGUCUCUUGGUUGCUCGACACGGCAACAUCCAUUGGCUAUGGAGACCCAAAACAGAAGCCCACUGGCCCAGUAGCAGUCCACAAGAUGCUCAAAUGCGCUACCGCCAUUGUCAAAAGUCAGCGUGUGCACAUUCCUGGCAGUAUGGUGGACCUGAUCGAUGAAGUCAUUCGAGGACGUCAGACAUAUGCAGACCUCUUUUCCUCGUCACGUCGCUCCACCGAGAAGCCGGAUAGCAGCGACAUCAGCCAUCAGCAUUUUAUAGAAGCUCUUCAGGCUAUCCACCAGACCUUGAAAGAGGCGCGAAAGAAGCAAAAAGCAGAAAAAGAUGGACGUAACAUCAAUAGCAUGGCGAAUUUUGCGACAUCACCUGCCACUCCUAUCAGCCCAACGAAACCGUCCGAAUUGACGCUGCCGAGAGAGCAGUCCCUUCAGAGCCUCUUCAAACACCUCCAGGUGGAUGAGCCAGUGGCACAGCCGUUCUCGACGCCGGAGAAAAAGAAGGAAGCCACAGUGGCUAAGGCGCAACCCACAGUUGCCAUCGAUCCGAUCGCUGAGAGUCGAUUCGCUCUGCUCUGCUAUCCCGAGGACAUGGCUGAGAUUCAUGCCUUCGUGCGAGACUUGUGGGAGGACGUUGUUUCCGGCAAGACUACAGCAGACUGUGCCACUCAGGUCACUGAGAAUGCGUUUGGAUGCAUGCGUCGCGGCACUUACACCCUUCACAACACGUUUCAAGGGCUGGGCAGGCGCGAUGUGGAUGACGCCGUGGUUGGUGAUCGUGCGCAUUGGCAUUCUGACAAGACUCACCUGCUCUGCCUUGACGCUACACUCAUCGCCAACACUGCCGUCGAAGAAUGCAGGGCGUAUGCAGCAGCCAAGAAGAAGCGUGGUGGUGUCUAUAAUUUAGGUGAGACUGCAGUGAGCAUCGCUGGGGUUCACCCCUUUGCUGCAGCACUUUUCAAAGCAAUACCGGAUCUGCACCUGGUCGCCAACCCGAACAACGAGUAUGCAAGCGUAUUUUAUCCUCACGACGGCAAGUACGACAUGCAGAUCUGCGCGGCGAUGAUGACGCAGUCUUACAUCGACAUCUACGAGAUCGUCGGGCCUGACAAGGUCGGUGAGCUCUUCGUGGACGCCACGAGCAGAUUCGUGAAGCGACUCGAGGGAGAUAUCGCCUAUAGAGACGCAGUCGUGGACCAGGUCCGCAACCCACCAAGUUUUGGCAGGCCGGAGACUCUGCUUGAGACUCUCAUCAAGCAGAAGAAGUUCCUUUCCCAGCUUCAAGCCCCCAACUUGGCAACUGCGAAAUCAAAAGUGGCGGCCGAAGCACGCCUUGCCAAAGCGCUACCGAUCGGAGCUUGGGAUCAAUUGAAAUUCAGCAAGUGGAUGGUUCGUCAAGCCUCCGCUGCGAUGGCCAACGAUGGUUGGGUUACUCUGGGAAUGGCCUAUCUGUACCGUGCGUCCCGGUACUUCGGCCUACUGUCCAGUGAGUGGCCUGAUAUGGAGUGGCUUAUCAAGUUGCAAAGCCAGAAUCGCUCCUAUGUCAUCGAGGUGGCUGAACACGCCGACGAUGAGGCUUGGUCUCGGCACUGGCGAAUGGCGUUUGGGUUGCCUCCUGAGUACAUCAAGAGGAUCAACAUGAACAGGAUCACAGACGGCAUGCGCAAAGUCGAGAGCAAGCUCCUAUGGCCAAAGCUCGGCGAAGUCCUGGCCCGGGCAGAGGAGGUGCUCGGAUACGAGCGCGGCGACAUGGCCGAAGAAGUGCUGCACCAAAUCGCCGACCUCGUGUACGCCAAAGACGCCAAGAAGCAGCGUCGCGGCGAAGCGAAAUACACCUCCAUCGAACUCCUCUCCGCCUUCAAGCAAGCCAUGACGCACGAUGAGCUGCAGCUCAACUUCUCGUACGCCGAGUUCUGGUCGAUGAAUGCGAGGUUGCUGCAUCAGCUCUGGCAGUUUCUAACUCCGAGGAUUCCGGAUAUGCUCAAGGAAGAGGGUAUUGGUGCUGAUAUGGAAAUUGUUCAUCCGUUGCUUAAGGAGGCUGGACUUAGUGUCACGGCUAGUCAGCCUCUUGUUGGCACGCAGUUGGCUGUUGCGGCGAGGAUGAUUGAGAUGCAUGUCUUGGCUUGUGGCAAUAAGUUCACGAGGGAUUCGGGGCUGAUGUCGAGUGAGGGGGCUGGGGAGGGGACUUGGAUGCUUAAGUGA